CAAACCCUCCCUGUAUUUUCUGAAGUCUGUGUCAAAGCAAGAUUUGUGAGGCGGUUGCUUCUGCUCAUGGCAAACAAUGAUGCUGCUUUCUGAGAGCUGCAAGGGAAACUGAGGGUCAAGUCCCUUUAAAAAAAAAAAAGUGAAAUACAGUAUUGUGCAUCUUGAAAUCUGAAACCAAGAAACAGAAGUGCGAGGGAAACAAGGGGGAAAGUCUUGCAAUUCCUGUGGACAACUGUUGCAAGUGGAGUUUUAAGGAAUACAGUAUACAUCUAUACAUUUUAAAGGUCACUGAAUGGCUUUUGUGCAGAAACCUGUAAAAUAAAGGAACCUUGGAAGAAGAGAUUUCUUUUUCUCCUCCUCUCUGGAUAUAAUGGCCAUUGCAAAGCAAAGCAUCUUGAGAUUUGGCUUCAAGUGUGUCUUCCUAGCAAUUUUUACACUCACCUGUGAUGGACACGGUGGAAAGAGAGAGAAUGGUGGUCCUGCUUGCUACGGAGGAUUUGAUUUGUAUUUCAUUCUGGACAAAUCAGGAAGUGUUCUGCAUCACUGGAAUGAGAUCUAUCACUUCGUGGAGCACUUGGCCCGCAAGUUCAUAAGCCCUCAGCUGAGGAUGUCCUUCAUUGUUUUUUCAACCAGAGGAACAAUUCUAAUGAGGUUAACAGAAGACAGGGAGCAGAUCCGCCAGGGCCUGGAGGAGCUGCAGAAGGUGCUGCCAGGAGGGGACACGUACAUGCACGAAGGAUUUGAGAGGGCAAGUGAACAGAUUUACUACGAAAAUGUUCACGGUUACAGAACUGCCAGUGUCAUCAUCGCGUUGACAGAUGGAGAGCUCCACGAAGAUCUAUUUUUCUACUCUGAGAGGGAGGCGAAUCGCUCGCGGGACCUGGGAGCCACUGUGUAUUGUGUGGGUGUGAAGGACUUCAACGAGACCCAGCUGGCCCGGAUUGCUGACAGCAAAGAUCACGUCUUCCCCGUGAACGAUGGGUUUGAAGCCCUGCAGGGGAUCAUAGACUCUAUUUUGAAGAAGUCCUGUAUAGAAAUCCUGGCAGCAGAGCCUUCCAGUAUCUGUGCAGGGGAGUCCUUCCAGGUGGUGGUGAGGGGAAAUGGCUUUCGCCACGCCCGCAACGUCGACCGGGUGCUCUGCAGCUUCAGGAUCAACGACACAGUCACCCUCAAUGAGAAGCCUUUUGUGGUGGAGGACACCUAUCUGCUGUGCCCAGCCCCUGUGCUGAGGGAAGUUGGCAUGGAAGCAGCUCUUCAAGUCAGUAUGAACGAUGGUCUGAGCUUCAUCUCCAGCUCUGUCAUUAUCUCCAGCACUCACUGUUCCGAUGGGACCAUCCUGGCCAUCGCCUUGCUGAUCCUCUUCCUCCUGCUGGCCUUGGCUCUGCUCUGGUGGUUCUGGCCCCUCUGCUGCACUGUGAUCAUCAAGGAGCCUCCCCCACCUCCUGCAGAAGACAGCGAGGAGGAAGAUGACGAUGGGCUGCCAAAGAAGAAGUGGCCCACAGUCGAUGCCUCUUACUAUGGUGGGCGAGGAGUGGGCGGCAUCAAACGGAUGGAGGUGCGCUGGGGAGAAAAGGGCUCUACGGAGGAAGGUGCCAAGUUAGAGAAGGCCAAGAAUGCCCGGGUGAAGAUGCCAGAGCAGGAAUAUGAGUUCCCUGAGCCCAGGAACCUCGGGAGCAACCUGCGCCGACCCUCAUCCCCUCAGAAGUGGUACUCCCCCAUCAAGGGGAAGCUGGAUGCCCUCUGGGUCCUGCUGCGGAAGGGAUAUGACCGCGUGUCCGUGAUGCGUCCCCAGCCAGGAGACAAGGGCCGCUGCAUCAACUUCACCCGGGUGAAGAACACGGAGACCACUCCCAAGUACCCCCUCAACAACUCGUACCCCUCUGCGCCCCCACCAGCACCCAUCUACACCCCCCCGCCCCCUGCCCCCAUCUACACCCCCCCGCCCCUCAGCUCUCCCCACACCCCCUCCCCCUCCUCCACGCUGCCCCCGCUGCCCCCCCCGCCCCAGGCUCCCCCCCCCAGCCGGGCACCCCCCCCAUCCCGGCCCCCUCCCCGCCCCACGGCCUAAGGGGAGCCCCCCACUCCUCCAGAGGUGUCCAGGGGGCUCUGUCAGCAGUACUGUACCACACCCAGCUGGGGGGCCGGGGGGGCUGCAGCCCUCUGGAAUGGGUGACAGCAGCACCAGCGACCCUGCAGGCGUCUCCUCCUUUCGUUUUCUUUCAUUUUUUGAACCCCUUGAGUAUCAGUGCCACCAAACUCUUGAAGCAAGAAAAGCCAAGAAGAGCUCCAGUUCCAUCCCAGCAAGGCUGUGCCACCUCUUGGUCCCCAACACCUCCCUGUGCCUCACCACGGUGACCCCAGGACUCAUUGGAAAAAAGGAACGGGCAACUAGAGCAAACUCUCUGCCAAGGGAAUUCUCCCCAGGGAAGGACUGCACAGGACUCUUGCCAGUGCAGAAACCCAGCCAGCAACCUGGGGACAUCUGCACGUGGGACAGUGACAGCCCCUCAGUGCCACCUGCCAGUGACACCAGCAGCUCUGCAGGUACAGGAACUCACACACCUGGGGAGAACUGGUGACAGGUAGCUGUUCCCACCCAGCAGGAAAUGCAGACGGGAAGAUGUUGUCACCUCUGAGGGGCUGGGAAGGACAAGGGGGUGUGGAUUGGAGGAUGUUGGUUUGUGAAAGUGCAGGUGAAUGGAAACAGUGUCACUAGGAAAUCGGAUUGCAUGGGAAAAGAAACCCCAUCCCUGAGGACGAGGAAUAAUUGAGGACAGGUCAGCCUUCAGUGUUCCCAGCAGGACAGAGGAGGGCAUAACCAUUGAGGAAUUUGAGAAAGGUGUGGUCAACAGAAGAGUCUUGGCAUUGGGUUUAGGCAUCUAGUCCAUUAUUCCACGGUUCUGCAGUGUAAUUAAAUGCUGGUUUUCAGUUCAAAGGGAAAGACUCUGAUGCAAACCAGAGAUUUGGUCUCAAGUUCCCUUAAUCCAGCCUGCUUGGGCUCCUUGUUGCCAUCAGUUUGAAAUGGUUGCCACUGAUGCGUCCGUCCCUGUUUUUCUGUAAAUUGAAUUCUUUCUCCUUAAAAAUAUUUUCACGUGGAUUUUUGUUUUGUUUUAUUUUUGUUUUGUUUUGUUUUCCUAAACAAGUAGCAGCUGCCUCCCCAGCUCUGAGUGAAGAAGAGCCAGUGUGCUUACUCACUCUUGUCAGCUCUCAACAGCAUCACCCCUAUUAGCAGUAUUGACUGAGGCAAACCCCCUGGGACAGGCCAGAUGGGAAUCAGUCUGCCAAGAAAUGCACUGGCUGCAUUUCUCUUGCUUCCUCCUCACCUUCAGGGGACCCCCAGCACACCCCAGAGCAUCUCCUGCACACUCCUGUAUCCUACAGCCCCCCUGAGCACCUGCCUGCAGCCCAGGGCCAGAGCCAGGGGAGAUCCCUCAGCCCCUCAGCCACAGCUCCCUGAUUGACCCUCGGGAUCAGUUCUCACUAAACUCUCUCUGGAGAGAAACCACCUUUGUAGCUGCAGUUCUAUCAAUAGCAAAGGGUUCUCAUCUCAUUUUUUACCAGAUAAAGAAAUGCUUUGCCAAGUACUUCCUUCAGUGCUUCUGGAAAUAUCAGUUCUAGCUUUUCUACCAAAACAAGGAAGGGAAAAAAAGAAAAAAAAUCUCAAGGAGGAGAGGGAACGGAGGAAAGAGACUCAGUGGAGACCUGCCCUGGGCCCCUUUGGGCAAGGGCAGCAGGGAACCCUUGGCACAAGGCUCUGGGUCCCUCCCGCCCUCUGCUAGGUCAGGGUCAUCUCUUACGUGAGAUAAAUCCAUCAGUCCUGAGGGGCUGGGACUGAACCCAGGCCGAGGCUGUGCUCCCCAAGGCCUUUUGAUCCCCCCACUGUUCUGUCUGCAGGCAGCACGGAGCAGUCCCUGUCCCAGAGCAAAUUCCCCUUGUGCUGCCCCCUCAUCCCAGUUGUACCAGUUACAGGCCAUGGUUGGUUCCACAGGAGGGCACUGGGAGGUGGGAGGGGAAGCCUUAACACACCCACUUGAGUUGGGAUGGGCUCCCUCAUGGAUGGACGGGAUCUGAUCAGGCAAAGAACUCCUUGCUUUGCUUUGUUUUGGCUUCUUUUGGUUUGGUCUGGUUUGGUUUGGUUUGGUUUGGUUUGGUUUGGUUUGGUUUGGUUUGGUUUGGUUUGGUUUGGUUUGGUUUGGUUUGGUUUGGUUUGGUUUGGUUUGGUUUGGUUUGGUCUGGUCUGGUUUAGUCUGGUUUGGUUUGGUCUGGUCUGGUUUAGUUUAGUUUGGUUUGUUCUAGUCUGGUCAGGUUUAGUUUAGUUUGGUUUGGUCUGGUUUGGUGUGAUUUUGUUUGGUUUGGUUUGCUUUGAUUUCACAGUGGAAGGUGUGGAAACUGGGAGUAAUGUAACACAGGAUCCAUGUCUCCAAAAGAUACUCAGCAUUUCAAAUAUGUUUGGAAAGGAAAUUGAUUUUUAACUAUAUGGCAUUGAGAAUUUUGGUUUUUUAAGUGUCAGUUGCCAAAAAGUUGGUUAAUUGAUUAAUUACCCAUAAACCUACUGCUGGGGGAAAAGAAAGAAAAGCAGUGUGUUCUCCAUCACGUUUUUGCAGAUGUACAUAGAAAUUCUCAUUCUCCCAAACUAAGGAAGAAAAAACAAAACAAACCCUGCAGAUCCAAAGAAGCAAAAUAAAGCCUAGAUCAGGCUAGAAAAAAUCAGGAUUUUCAAAUGCUCCCUUUGUAAUCAUCCAAUUUAAGAAUAAAAAACAAGCUCCAAAUUUUUUGUUGUACAUAUUGUUGCUGCAUGCUUACCAUAUGUUAGAUGGAAGCAUUUCCUAUCCCUUGUGGAUAAAAGAACAUUUUUCAAGUUGUAGUAAAUUAUUAUAAAGCCAAUGACAUUUCAUGGCAUGUUAUUGUAUCAAGCUGUGCUUGUUUUUUUUUUCUUUAUGGUUGUAUCGCUUUUUUUUAUAAAUGUACAAAUAUUUCCUGUAGUGACGAGCACCUGUUUUACAUGGCAUUAACUGAGGCACUGCAGCUCAGGCAACCCAGGCCAUCCAUCCAUUGGCAAAGGGUUUUUCACACGUGGAUCUGGGUGGGAUCUGGCUGGAGUUCCUGAAAAAAACCCACACAACUCUGCAGAGGAUCGACUUUGGUCACCCUUCCUAAUGUUCCCACAAAAAUUAGAGCACAUCUGGUGGUGAAUUUUGUACCUGGUUUGCAUUUAGGAAGGAAUCCCUCCCUGUGAGGGUGGGAAGGGGCUGGGAUGGAAUUCCCAGAGCAGCUGUGGCUGCCUUGGCAGAGCCCAAGGCCAGGCUGGACAGGGCUUGGAGCAGCCUGGGGCAGUGGGAGGUGUCCCUGCCAGGGCAGGUGUGGCACUGGAUGGGAUUUAAGGCCCCUUCCAACCCAAAUCAUUCUGGGGUUUUCUGAUUUCGGACCAACCUAAAUCUGGCUGCAAAAAUGGCUCCCAAAAGUACCUCACGUGCCUUUAAAAGCCACACUCCCUUUAUGCUGGACCCUAAAGAUUAUUUUGGAACUUAAUGGAAGGCCACUGAGAGUGGAAACUUGGUCCUGAAUUCAAACCAGAUCCCACUGACAAAUAAUGCCAUGUAAAUGAGGUCGAAUUAGCUGGAGCACCACCCACUGCUCUAUGGUGCCCUUUGUACUCUCUGUCUAUGAACCUUUCCUAGUCCACACCAGCCAGCCUUUAAUUAAAUGUUUUUAAUUAACAUUAAAAGGAGCUGAGAAAUGCCACAGUUGCUGUGCCACCUUAGAACCCUCAGCUGGGCUGGUGUGAGCAGCAGGUACCAGAUGUCUGGUGGCAUUGAACAAGCCAUCAGCUGUUACUUUUGCUCUUUGAUUCCUCCCCUUGUCUCUUAUUCAUCCAAAACUCUCUGUCAGUGCCUGGCAGCCUCCAAGGGCUGAGCCUUUGACAAAGGUUCAGGUUCUGUUUUGUUUUAUUUUACUUGCCCAGUGUUACCAUGUGCUGCUGGCUGUGCUCACCCACAUGAACUCUGUGCUCACCUCAGUUCUCUCUCUGCUCCUUGGUGUGCAAAGGCAUCUUCUGUCACUGUUUAUUUUGGGGAAGGGGCAUGUCUGGCUCGGAGGGCUCUGGCAAGUUUUGGGGGUGACAAAUGGGGAACAUUGCCUUGUUUGUGGUGCUGGUGCAGGGGAGGAGCAGAACAGUCCCUGUUUUGAUGUUGAAUUCUGUGUUGUCAGUUCAGCCAGUGCUGUGCCAUGAUGUUUUACUCCCCCUGUUUGUUGCAUGUGUCAUUUGUUAAAUUCAGUCAUUACUCUUGCUGACUUUGAUGUUAUUAUUAAAGAACUACACAAAUCUC